UAAACAGUGGACUGGCUAACUCAGGGUGGGGGAUGGGUGGCAUUAAACAGUGGACUGGCUAACUCUUAAACCUCUGCUGCAUUCAAGGAAAAUGUGUAACUACCAGUACACUAGUUACACUCAACAUCAAAUCUGAACCCUGUCUUUUUAAAUAUAAAUUUCACACUGUGUUAAAAAGUGCAUAACAAUUUCCUUAAAAGUCAUUACAUGAGCAAUUUUUCAAAAGAAAUAUUUUUAAUCUAUUAAAACGUGGAGAUCUGCACGCAGUUCUCAACUUUCCCAGUGCUCCUGAAAGCAACAUCAGUGAGGGGAUUCACGCAGCUGCAGAGCAUCGGAGAAGCAGAUGGAAACUGUUUCAGUGUUUGGAACCAGAAAAAAGUCUGCAACUAAACCAGAUAAUGAGCAGAAGGAAGAAGAACAGGAAGAGAUAAUGGAGCUUUCUGCUUCAGAGGACUUUCUCUCAGACUCCAGCCAUGAUUUGGACAGUGAUUAUAUUCCAUCAGCUCCUCCUUCCUCAGAGGAUGAACUAACCUUUUCACAGCCUAAGCUCAUGAAGACACAUGUUGCAUUAAAAAACCCUGGCAAAACCUCUCUCAGCCAAAGCUAUGUUCAUGAACAGAAGACACUGAUGGACAGUGGUAAAAGUAAUGAAGCUCUGGACAUGCAUUACAAUGCAGAUACUGAGGAAGAAAAUCCGGAGGAAUAUGAAGAUGAUGAGGAACCUGACAUUCUGACUCAGAGGCCCACAAGAGCAGAACCAUCAGAUGAUCACAGACAGACAGCAGGAAAAAGAGUGACGUACAGAGGAAAAGGGCCAAGGAAGAAGGUUGAACCAGCUGAAGAUUCAGAUGAUCAGGGAGAACCACUGAGCCAGUGCUCAAAAUAUGCAGAACCAUCAGAGGACAUCAAGAAGAAAUAUAAGAUAGGUACCUACAAAGUAAAAAGGUCAAGAAAGAUUGUUGAAUCACCUGAAGAUUCACAUGAUGAGACAGCACAAGAUCAGGCAGAACUGUUGAGCCAAAGCUCCAAAUCUGCAGAACCAACAGAGGGCUUCAAGAAGAAAAAGAAGACAGGGACCUACAAAGGAAAAAGGCCAAGAAAGAUUGUUGAAUCAGCUGAAGAUUCAGAUGAUCAGGCAAAACUGUUGAGCCAAAGCUCCAAAUCUGCAGAACCAACAGAGGGCUUCAAGAAGAAAAAGAAGACAGAACUGGAUCAGCUUCUUCUCACCAAACAAGGGGUGAAAAAAAGGCCUUGGAGUUCAGCUGAGAAAGCAGCAGUAUGGCGACAGCUUGGAAAGUACAUAACCUUAGAGACCAUUCCUGGUAAAGUACCUUAAGGCACUUAAGACAGAGCCAGUGCUCAAGAGUAGAACCUGGAAAGAUGUUAAAAACCAUGUCUACAACUCCAUCACAGCACAGAAGAGGAAACGGUUGUAAACUGUUUGCGUUCGCAUGAUUGUUCGUGGUUCACAUGUCUCAGUGUUGUGAGGUGGAGUUCUUUUGGUGUGACACAAUGAGGCCUAGGUGUGUUGAUGCUAGGCAUGUUUCUAAGCUUUUAUAUAUAUAUAUUUUUAAAUUUGGAACAGAUGUAUGUUCACACUGGCUACAAUCAUAAAAACUACAUUUUAAAAGCCACUUUUUCCCCCAGUUUAUUUUUCAAAAGCAAUUGAAGUUAAAAUAACGAAAGCUGUCAUUUAAAAUGUCCAGCUAUU